CCCGCCGGAGUCCUGCAUUUGGGGGACCGACCAGCCGCUCCGAGCUCUCCUCCCUCCCGCUCCUCUCACCCCGUGCACCGAGCUAUGGUCAACAUGCAAGUGUGCGCCCUGGAUUGCGAGACGCUGCGGGGACUCCUGCAGGACCGAGCUGCCCAGUGCCUGGUGCUGGACUGCCGCUCCUUCUUCUCCUUCAACUCCGCGCACAUCCUGGGCUCCGCCAACGUUCGCUUCAGCACCAUCGUGAAGCGGCGGGCCAAGGGGGCCAUGGGGCUGGAGCACAUCAUCCCCAACGAGGAGCUGCGGGGCCGCCUGCUCAGCGGGGGAUACCACGCCGUGGUGCUGCUAGACGAGCGCAGCUCUGACCUGGAGCUGCCCAAGCGGGACAGCACCAUCAUGCUGGCCGUGAACACCCUCUGCAGGGAGGCCAGGGACACCCGCAUCUGCUUCCUCAAGGGAGGGUAUGAAGCCUUCUCUUCUGCCUGCGCUGAGCUGUGUACUAAGCCAACUGCUCCCACCGGCCUGAGCCUGCCUCUGAGUGCCAACAGCAUGCCCAGCAGUGCGGAUUCUGGCUGCAGUUCCUGUGGCACCCCGCUCUAUGACCAGGGUGGGCCGGUGGAAAUCCUACCAUUUCUGUACUUGGGCAGCGCCUAUCAUGCCUCCAGAAAGGACAUGCUGGAUGCUUUGGGGAUCACAGCCUUAAUUAACGUCUCGGCAAACUGCCCCAACCAUUUUGAGGGCCAUUACCAGUACAAAAGCAUCCCAGUGGAGGACAACCACAAGGCUGACAUCAGCUCCUGGUUUAACGAAGCCAUCGACUUCAUAGAUUCUGUUAAAAAUGAUGGCGGAAGGGUAUUUGUGCACUGCCAGGCUGGCAUCUCCCGCUCAGCAACUAUCUGCCUUGCUUAUCUCAUGAGGACCAACCGAGUCAAACUAGACGAGGCCUUUGAGUUUGUGAAGCAGAGGAGAAGCAUCAUCUCCCCAAAUUUCAGCUUCAUGGGGCAGCUACUUCAGUUUGAGUCUCAAGUCCUAGCCCCUAACUGCUCAGCAGAGGCUGGAAGCCCUGCCAUGUCUGUAUUGGACAGAGGAACAUCAACCACCACUGUCUUUAACUUCCCAGUCUCUAUCCCUGUACACCCUUCAUCCAGUGCUUUAAGCUAUCUACAGAGUCCCAUCACCACUUCUCCAAGCUGCUGA